CUGAAGUCACUUUGGUGUCGUGAGGAGCUGCCGUCAUCUACCAGGUCAAACAAGAUGCAGACGUCCCUGAGGCCCGUGCGGUGGCUCGCCGUCAUGCUUCUGGUCGCCUUCACGACCAGCCGGUGUCAGCAGAACGAGAGCCGCCGAGCGGUGACCGAACACCAGCUGAUGCACGACCGCGGCAGAAACAUCCAGAGUCUCAAGAGACUCAUCUGGCUGUCCAGCGCCAUGGAGGGCCUCCACACGGCCCAGACCAGGUCCGAUGACCUCAACCCAACGAGGGUCCUGAACCUGGCUCUGAACCCGGCGCUGGUGCCCGGCGCCGGGAACCCUCAGCCCCCCCGGGUGCAGAGCCUCCUGAGAGACUUCUUUAACCCCUACCUGACGCAACAGCAGGACAGAGAGGCCUAGCAGCCUCUGCACACAUAAUAAUCAUCAUAUUGAAAAUAGGUAUUGGUGUUUGUCUUGAGACAAUCUGUGUCCAAACGUCUCCCAACAGUUUAAAAUUUGAUCAGUUCUAAAGAACAUUGUUUGAGGUUUGAGCUGCCUGAAGUUGACCUUUAGUUCAUGUCAGAUUUGGGACACUUCACAUCGAGGCCUGGGAGAUAACUACAGGAAUAAAAAUAAGUUCAAACACAAUUAACUCCCUUUAAACAGAAACAUGAAUUUUUCAAAUGCCAAAUUACCUCUAUUACAGCCUCCGGCAGCUACGUGGCAGAUGAUGGAAGUUUGGUUAGUUCAUGAUUUUGACUCAGAUGUGGAUGUUUUCACAAGCACAUCAGCCUUCUUGUUUAUUGCUUUCAUUAAUAAUUACAGUGCCCUGAUUUCUUUUCACGUUCUGCACGAUGCCGGAUGAUUAUGGUGCCAUAAUUGGUAGGUGGUGACCUCAAUGUUCACGUGGCACCCUGAUGACAUUAAAAAAUUGCAAUAAUGGAUAUCAAUCUCUUUAAAAAUGUGAAAUCCACUUCCACCCUGAUUAAAACUGUACAAAAUAGCAUUACUAAAAAGAUGCUAAACAAAUACAAGUACAUUUACCAUUACUUAGAAGACAGGAAGUGUACAACAUUAUAAUGCAAUCAAUGUUUUCUGUAUGUAUACUGCAUUAACCAGUCCUUAACAUGUAAAAACAGACCCAGUGUGUACAUAAAGUCAAAAUAAAAUGAAAUAAUGCAUAUGGA